AUGCGUUCGCAGCGGAAGCGCGGCGACAAGCGCGUGUUCCUGCCCGGCCCCUCCCAGCAGUCCAAGAUGCUGCGCAUCUCUAGCUCCCAGCGCCGACGCAAGUCCAACUCCCCCACGCCCCACGACUCGGCACUCGCUGUCAUUAAGCAGAAGAAGACGAUCACGCUCGAGGAGUUCGAGCGCCUGCAGCACCAGCUGCACGAGAUGGUCGAGCCCACGCCGCAAGCGCAACUGGCUAUGACCCAAGCCGCGCUGGCCAAUGGACUUGAGCGCCCCUUUACGCGCGGAUUUCCGAACCCGACCUCGUUCCCGGGCUACGUGGCGGGCUCCAUUUGCAACCAGAACCACGGCGUUUUGGUCGUGCAGGACGAGAGGACGCGUGGACUGGAAACGACGACCAAGAACAGUGUGCCCUUCGGCAAGCGUCCCCGCAACCGCGAGAACGGACCCAUUCUCUUCUCAGGCUCCGCUCUGCGUGGACAGUUGACGCGUGAGGAGCGCCUGAUGAGGAAGCCCCGCCCGUCGCGUCUUCUCACUGGCGCCAAGCGCGACGCUGCUGCGCGCAACGCGUACUCGGCGGCUGUCGCGGAAAAGAUUCUGUCGACGCUGAAUAAGGUGCAGACCCCGCUGGAGCGCGAGACCCAGAAGCCGACGCCGUCGACGUCGAUGUCGUGGGCAAAGUACCAUCUCGCUCUGGUUGACGGCCAGAACAAGAGCCUCGAGAAUGGGAUGGAAAUUGACAGCGAUGAUGUGGCUCCCCCGACGACUACGGUCCCUCGCGUGGCGUUCCCGCAGCCCACUCAGAAGCCCACUACACUCUCGUUCGGCAACCCACCCAAGACGACUCUCGAGACACCAGCCAAACCUACCACCACGACGGCCACGGGCGUGACGUCGUUGUUCUCACCCCAGGCCGUGUCCAUGACUCCAGCCCCCACCACGAAGGCGCCCGUCGCGGAGCAGGGUACGGUGGAGAAGAUUGGCGAGUUCACGUUCACGCUUCCGAUUCGCACUGAAGGAGUGAACCAGGCGGACGCCAAUGACGAGGAUACCCGCGUGCGGUUUAUGUUUUCUCCCCCGCCUAGCCUGCGCGAUCCUCCGUUGAAGGUGUCCAGUCACAAGACGACGGCAAAGGGCAAUGCUGGCGCCGCCCCCUUUGACUUCAUGCCCUCGUCACCCAAGGUGAAGACGACAGAGUGGGUAUCGAAGGCCCCGAAGGCGAAAGAGCCCGAAAAGCCUAAGGCCGCUGCGAAGAAGGUGACUGCCCCUAAGGACGCCGACAAGCCCAGUGCAACUGCAUCUGCCCCCGCUACUUCUACAAACGGUGCGGUGAACCCACUUGCGAGAUUUAUGCAGCUGAAGCCAGGGCAGUGGAAGUGCCCCGGAUGCAGUGUGCUGAACGAGGCUACCAGCGCCAAAUGCCCGUGCUGUGAGACGGCAAAGCCCGGAGGUGCGCCUGCCGAAAAGGCUGCUGCUCCUGCGGCUGAGGCCCCCGGAUCAAUUUCUUCGAGAGGAUUUAGCUUUGGUGCCCCCGCCGCGGAUGCAAAGAAGGAUGCCGAGAAACCUGCAGCCGGAGCAAUUACCGCAGGAGGUUUUAGCUUUGGCGCCCCGACUACGGAAUCGAAGAAGGAGAGUGAUAAGCCAGCUGGAACCAUUUCGUCCAGUGGCUUUAGCUUUGGUGUCCCGGCUGCUGAUGCGAAAAAGGAUUCUGAGAAGCCCUCGGCAAGCAUCACUUCAAGCGGUUUCAGCUUUAGUGCUCCGGUCGCGUCCGACAAGCCUGCUGCCAGUGGCUUUAGCUUCACUGCCCCCGCAGCAUCGGAUGCAACGCCGGAUGCAUCCACGAGCACCGCCCCGAUCUCGUUUGGAUUCUCGGCUCCUACCAAGAAGAGUGAUGACGCGGCACCGUCUUCGACUGUAACCGAGAAGCCUGCUGCCGCACCUUCGUUUUCUUUCGGUGUCACUGCCCCUUCGGCUUCGACUACGAGCACCAGCAUAUCGGGAGGGUUUACGUUCGGUGCUACAAGUGCUAGUUCCUCGGACAGCACUAGCAAGGGCAAGCGCAAGGCUCCUGAGCCUGAGGAGUGCCAGAAGGCCGCAACGCCAUCUAUCAGUUUUGGCACAACCGCAGCGUCGACCACUGAAGCUGCUAAGUCAAGCUCUGGCUUCAGCUUUGGUGCAACCCCCGAGCCCAAGCAAGCGAGCCCGAAGGAGUCGGACCGCCCUGCAAAGCGCUCGGCAGUGUCUUUUGGUGCGUCGAAUUCGAAGCCGGAGGCGUCUACCUCAUCGUUCUCAUUUGGUGCUGCAUCGAAGCCGCCGCAGGUACCUGCCAAGGAUGCUGCUGCUUCGACUACGUCGGCGCCGCCAUUCUCAUUCGGAGCACUCAGUAGCAGCACAACUACGGAGAAGCCGAAAGAGAGCGCUGCGCCGGCGUUCAGUUUUGGUACAGGCUCAACCGCUCCUACUGAAUCCAAACCAAAGGAGGCGACCCCGGCGACGACCGGCUUUACGUUUGGAUCGUCGUCCUCCAGCUCGUCCACCCCCGCACCGAAGCCCAGUGGACAGGAGGCAAAGGCUAAGGCUUCUACUUUCUCGUUCAGUGCUUCGUCGGCGACUUCGGCACCUGCUACUUCGUCGGCGACUUCGGCACCUGCUACUUCGACUACAGCCACGUCGGCGUCUACUGCGUCUACUGCUGGCUUUACAUUCGGUCAGAGCUCGACGGCACCUGCUACGAGCAGUGCCCCUGCAUUUGGCUCCGCCCCUGCAACGUCUUCCGCUCCUGGAUUCACGUUUGGGGCAUCAACUCCGGCGGCGCCUGCCGCUGGAACGUCGACUCCGCCUAUCGCGUCGGCGGCUCUUUCUUCGACCCCUUGCUUUACGUUUGGCUCUUCGUCGUCUGCUCAGCCAGCCGCAGCAUCUUCUGGCUUCGGUUCUCUUCCACCUCCGACGACGACGUUCGGCGCGCCGGCCUUCGGUGCGGCGGCCAGCGGAUUCGGCAGCGGUCCUCCCAGCUCUGGCUUCCGAACCCCCAGUCCGACCCCUGCCUUCGGCGCAGCACCUGCUGCUCCUGCGUUCGGCGCUGCGCCCAACACGGCCUUUGGUGCUACCACCCCCGCCCCUGGCUUUGGAGCCCCCAACGCUGGUGCUUUCGGCGCCCCCGCUGACGGCGGGUUCAACAUGGGAGCCGCUCCUCAGCACGCAAAGGGCCGGCGCAUCCUGAAGGCCAAGACUCGCGGUCGGCGAACGUCAUAG